CUCGGUCUCUUUCUCUUUCUCUUUCCGACCUGUCUUCGUGUGUCCGCCCGUUGUUGCCCGGGCCCGCACACCUGAACCCACCUGAACAAGGGACUGCCUGCCUGCCGCGGACACACGUCGCCUUUCCCCCUUUGUUAGCAGAAAGAGAAGGAGGCUGCCUUUAGCCCGCGCCGUGUGCCAUGUUGAGGCUCAUCUUCUUGGCCGCGCUCGCCGGCUUCUCCCGGGCCAGCGAUGUGCUGGAUUUCACCGAUGACGAUUUCGACAGCAAGAUCGGAGACCACUCGAUGAUCAUCGUGGAGUUCUUCGCUCCCUGGUGUGGCCACUGUAAAAGACUAGCCCCAGAGUACGAGGCAGCCGCCACACGUCUGAAAGGCAUCGCAUCUGUGGCCAAGGUUGACUGCACAACCAGCAGCAACGUAUGCAGCAAAUAUGGGGUCAGUGGCUACCCAACCCUGAAGAUCUUCAGGGAUGGAGAAGACUCUGGUCCCUAUGAUGGUCCCAGAACUGCAGAUGGGAUUGUCAGUUUCCUUAAGAAGCAGGCUGGCCCCUCUUCUGUGGAGCUCAAGGAUGAAGCAGACAUGGCGAAGUUUGGUUCAGGCCCAGACGCAAUUGUUGUUGGUUUCUUUGCUGAUGACAAGAGCACAGCGCAGGCAGAGUUCCUGAAGGCAGCCAGCGCCCUGAGGGAGAACUAUCGCUUCGCCCACACCAACUCUGAAGCUCUUCUCCAAAGCAACGGCAUCGAUGGAGAGGGAGUCGUCUUGUUCCGCCCACCACGCCUCAGCAACAAGUUUGAAGACAGCUCAGUCAAAUUCACAGAGGACAAAUUCACCAGCGACAAAAUCAAGAGGUUCAUUAAGGAAAACAUCUUUGGGAUUUGUGCCCACAUGACAGACGACAACAAAGACCAGCUGAAGGGCAGCGACCUGAUGGUGGCUUAUUAUGAUGUUGACUAUGAAAAAAACCCCAAGGGCUCAAACUACUGGAGGAACAGGGUGAUGAAGGUGGCAAAGAGCUUCCUGGAUCAGGGCAAGAAGCUGAAGUUCGCUGUGGCCAACAAGAACAUGUUCAGCAACGAUGUGUCGGAAUUCGGCCUGGAUGGCAGCUCGGGAGAGUUGCCCCUGGUGGCCAUCCGCACCGCCAAGGGAGACAAAUACAUCAUGACGGAGGAAUUCACUCGUGAUGGAAAAGCACUGCAGAGUUUCCUGCAGGGUUACUUUGACGGCACAAUUAAGCGUUAUCUCAAGUCAGAGCCCAUCCCAGAGAACAACGAUGGACCUGUCAAGGUUUUGGUGGCUGAGAACUUCGACGACAUCGUCAAUGACGACAGCAAAGAUGUGCUGAUCGAGUUUUAUGCUCCGUGGUGCGGACACUGCAAGACCCUGGAGCCCAAAUACAUAGAGCUGGGAGAGAAGCUGGCUGACGAUCCCAACGUUGUCAUUGCCAAGAUGGAUGCCACAGCCAAUGAUGUGCCAUCUCCGUAUGAAGUCAGCGGUUUCCCCACAAUCUACUUUUCCCCAGCUGGAAGUAAGAUUGCCCCAAAGAAAUAUGAGGGAGGUCGCGAUGUUAGUGACUUCCUCGCUUACCUGAAGAGGGAGGCCUCCAACCCCUUGGUGAUGGAAGAGCCCAAGAAGAAGAAGAAGAAGAAGGAUGAUGACGACAACAAGAUCGAGCUAUAAAGGCUCCACACAGGAACUCAAGACCCCCCCCACCAUGACAUCAGGAGGAUUGGGGAAAUCCGUGCAGAGAAAGAACUAAAUUAUAUUCCACUCUCUUAGUGAACUACCGAAUGCUCUGAAGCCAAGUCAAAAAGACGCGGCCCUCCCUUUAGGUCCUCCGCUGCCCUGGGGAAACUGUGGAAGGUGGAGAAGUGGUGGCCAGGGCCUGCCCGAUGUUUAAAAACAAAAACAGAUUUUUAGGGAAGAGGGGACAGCUUUUUGAAAUUGAGAUUUUUAUUUCCCCCUGGUCUGAAUUCUACACCUCAGGCUGAUGCACUUUGGUUCGUCUAGUCUCCUGUCAUCUUUCGCUUUUGAUUUAUGUUGUUGUUGUCACAGGGGAUAAUGGUAAAUGGUGAAUUCCUUUUCUUUUUUUCGUUGAUUUUGUUACAUGUCUUUGUUUUUGUACAUUUGGAAGGAUUCUGAAAUAAAAGGCCCACAAAACCAAAA